AUGCAUCCAAGAUCCAAGCACUGGCAUCUCUUGGACUAUGUCAUAGUGCGCAAAAGGGACAUCCAAGAUGUUCUUAUUACGAGAGCUAUAAGAGGUGCCGAGGGCUGGACCGACCACCGCCUGAUUCGGUCAAAACUAAAAAUUACUUUAAAAGCACCACGCAGAGCAUGCCUCAAGACUCCUAGUAGACUCGACACCAACAAACUUGUUCAUGACAGGCAACUGGGAAAAUACAUUGAUGUAGCCUUUGGUAGUCAAUCAUCGUCAGCUGAGCCAGAGUCAGUAGACGUACAGUGGCGGGCCUUUGCCACAAAGCUGUACGAAAUCUCCUCCGAGACGAUUGGAAAACCGCCCAAACAACAUAAGGACUGGUUCGAUAACUCUGACCCUGAAAUUAUGUGUCUUGUGGAACAAUAUAGGCUUGCACUCAAAUCUACAACAAAUACACAGGUUAUAAGGGCUGCUCAACGACUUUUAAAAGCGAAACUGCGCGAGCAAAAAGAUAAAUGGUGGAAUGAGCAAGCGAAUGAAUUGCAACACCUUGCUGAUACAAAUCAAACGGGCAGGUUCUUUCAGGGUAUUCAAGCGGUUUUCGGCCCGAAAUGUAGGAAAAUAGCACCUAUUUAUUCGCGUGACAAGGAAAGACGUCUCACAGACAAGCAUGAGGUGCUAGCUCGUUGGGCAGAACACUUUAAAGACGUCUUAAACCCUGUCACCCAAAGCGUUGAUUUAGCCUACAUACGUACCUUGAAGAACCAGUCUUUAUCAGAUAACCUUGCUCUACCUCCGGAUUACAACGAGUACGUUGCGGCAGUGAGGAAACUUAAAAAUAAUAAGACACCAGGAUCAGACAGCCUUCCCGCAGAGAUCUUUAAGUACACCGGACCAAACGUUAAUAACAGGUUGUUUGAACUGAUACUGAGGAUUUGGGAAUCAGAAACUGUUCCUCAAGAUUGGAGAGAUGCCUCUAUUUGUAAACUGUACAAGGGAAAGGGUCAGAUUUCUGACUGCGGUUCUUAUAGAGGCAUCUCCCUUCUAUCCACUGCCGACCUUGAAAAGGCUUUCGACCGCGUGCCGCGCGAGGCUCUCUGGCUUGUUUUGCAAAAAACUGGGUGUCCCGAAAAGUUCGUUAAAUUAGUCAAACAGUUUCAUGAAAAUAUGAUGGCUACAGUUCGACAUGAAAGCGAGUUUUCGGAACAUUUUCCAGUCACCAGCGGAGUCAAACAGGGUUGUGUGAUGGCUCCAACUCUUUUUGCGUUGUAUUUCUCCACAGUGCUUGAGGACUCACUUCUUGCGUGCUCUGGACAAAUACAACUUAGCGUUCGUUCUGGCAAAAGUGUAUUCGACUUGUCUCUAUUUAAGUCUAAAACGAAAACCACAAAGCUCUCCGUUCUCGAGAUUCUCUAUGCCGACGACGUUUGCUUGAUGGCCGAUAGCAUGGAAGCGCUUCAGUCCUACAUGGAUGCUCUGCAAAGGUCGUGCCUUAGAUUUGGCUUAGUAAUAAGCAUAUCCAAGACUCAAGUGCUUAAACAACCAGCUCGUAAUUGUGAAGCGGACACUUCCAACCUAACUAUAGAAGGGAAACCCCUAACCGAAGUGUCCUCUUUCAAGUAUCUUGGGAGCCAGAUCAGAAAGGAUAACAGACUAGCCUCCGAGAUCCCAUCUAGGAUUGCUAAGGCUGCGUCCACUUGCGGUCGACUACCGAAAGCCGUUUUCUACUCCCAGCUAUCUGCUGGUAAACGGAAGCAGGGUGGGCAGCACCUACGUUACAAGGAUGUGCUUAAGCGCCACCUAACUGCCUGCGGUAUACCACCUGACAAAUGGGAGGAGCUUGCUUCUCAGCGGCCAGAAUGGCGUUCUCGCGUUAAGAUGAGCGUAAAGAACUUUGAAGACGCUCGUCUCACUGAUCUUGAUGCGAAACGUCAGAUAUGUAAAUCCCGGCCGAAACCCUCCUAUAAUUAUACUUACAAUAAUUCUGGUCAACUUUACUGCCCCACCUGCGACAGAGGUUUUAAAAGUAAGUUCGGCUUUGCCAGCCAUAUCAGAGCUCACGCUCGUAAUUAG